CUCAGUCGCGUAGUCCUACUUUCCUUUUCCAAAUCCUGUGAGCAGACCGAGAACUUCAAAGAGUCAGAUUGUUUUCAAGCAAGUACGAUGGCUUCUUCUUCUCUAGUAAGGUAUGAUGUUUUUCUUAGCUUUAGAGGUGAGGAUACCCGUGAUGGCUUCACGAGCCACCUGAAUGCAGCUUUGUGCAGGAGAAAGAUUGAAACUUUCAUCGAUUACAAACUUAAAAAAGGAGAUGAGAUUUCACCCUCUCUUUCCUGGGCAAUUGAAGGUUCAAAGAUUUCAAUUAUCGUUUUCUCUCAACGCUAUGCUUCUUCUAGAUGGUGCCUCGAAGAACUUGUAAAUAUCCUCGAUUGCAAGAAAAUGAACGGUCAGAUUGUUAUACCAGUUUUCUAUCGUAUAGAUCCAUCAGAUGUAAGGAAGCAAACGGGGAAUUUCGGAGAUGCAUUUGCUGAUCAUGAAGAACGAUAUAGGGACAGACCAGAGAUGUUGCAGAGAUGGAGAAAUGCAUUGACGGAAGUCGCCAAUCUGUCUGGCUUUGAUUCAAAUGCCAUCAGGCCUGAAUUGAAACUUCCAGAGACAAUUAUUGAACAUAUUUUGAAGAGAUUGAAAGAUAUGUCUUCUUGUGAUAAUAAGAACUUGGUUGGAGUAGCAGUGAAGAUCGAGAAAAUUAAAUCUUUAUUGUUUGAUGGGUCGACUGAAGUAUGCAAGGUAGGAAUCUGGGGUAUGGGUGGUAUAGGCAAGACGACUCUUGCUAUGCAGUCUUCAAUGAAAUAUCACAUGAAUUUGAAGCUUCUUAUUUUAUCCAAAAUGUUAGGGAAGCAUCAAGUAAAAAUCAACUACCCCAUUUGCAAAAAGAACUUUUUUCUGCAAUGUUAGAGGAUGCACACCCCAAUAUAAGGCUCACAUUCACAAAAGAAAGGCUUGGACAAAAAAAGGUUCUUAUUGUUUUUGAUGAUGUGACAAAUUUGAAACAAAUAAAAGAAUUAAUUGGAGAUCUUGAAAACUUGGGUGCUGGUAGUCGAAUCAUUAUAACAACAAAGGAUAAACAAGUGCUUAAAAAUUGUGGAUUGAAUUAUUCUACCAUAUAUGAGGUUGAAGGAUUGUGUAGUGAUGAUUCUUUUCGACUUUUUAAACAACAUGCCUUCAAACAGAACCGGCCAAUUGAUGAAGUUUACCUGAAUCUUUCAGAAAGAGUAAUAACUUAUACAAAAGGUUUGCCAUUAGCUCUUGAAGUCCUAGGAUGCUUUCUACUUGAUAAAGAAAAACUUGAAUGGGAAAGUGCACUGGAUGAAUUAAAAAAAUCUCCGAAUGAGGUUAUCCAAACAGUGCUUAAGAUAAGUUAUGAUGGAUUAUCUGAUAAAGAGAAGACUUUAUUUUUAGAUAUUGCAUGCUUCUUUACAGGAUGGGAUAAA